AUGGGGGGGAAUAUAGAACGGAACGACAAAAGAUUACAGGAUAUCGCUCAGCAAAAUGCAAAACACGCGCAUCUCCAACGACGAGUCCAUCCAUUCGAGUUUCUCGCCCAACGCAAUUCAGGAGGUGGAGUGAGUGACAAGAGCACCCCACCCACGCCUGCCAUCACCACUGGCAUGCCUCACAUCACGGUACAGAUACAACAAUCACACUCCUCAUCACCACAAUCACAUCCGAAGCAGGGCUUCGAGACUGUCUUGAUAGGCCCUUUAAUCGAGCUCCCAGAAGCACUGGAAGGUAAAGUCCAGUUAAACGGAUUCGAGGCAGCGGAGAUCAUCUUGACUUGA